CCAAAUGAAACAAACUACCCACACACUUUCCCAUUAACUCCUCUCUUCCUCUGAUCACAACACCAAUAAAAAAAUGGCUGAUGAAGAUCGUAUGACGUUAGCACCGACGGAAAUCUAUGGCCGGAGCGAUGAAGAACAACAGAACGGACCAAGAAUCUGGCGUCCGAAGAAAGAGGAGCCUCCAGGGAACUGUAUCGUCUACUCCUUAACAAUCAUCGUCAUCGUCUUCGCAGUCUGUCUCAUCCUCUCCUUAAUCUUUCUCCGUAUCUCAAAACCAGAGAUCGAAACCGUAUCUAUAUCCACAAGAGAUCUCAUAUUCGGCAGCAACUCAACGAACCCUUACUUCAACGCCACGCUAGUGAGCGACAUCUCGAUUCGAAACUCGAACUUCGGGGCUUUCGAGUUUGGGGAUAGCUCGUUGAGAAUUGUUUACGCUGAUCAUGGAGUUGUGGGGGAGACCACGAUUGGCGGGAGAAGAGUAGAAGCUCAUAAGACGGUUAGAGUAACCGGGAUUGAGGCUGAGAUCGGUUCGUUUCGGUUAUUGAAUAGGAGGGGUUUGGAUUCGGAUUUGAGGUCUGGUUUUUUGGAGCUGACUAGCGUUGCUGAGAUCAGAGGGAGGAUUAAAGUGAUGGGAAGGAGACAGUGGAAAGUUGGUGUGAUGAGUUGUACCAUGAGACUUAAUUUAAACGGUCAGUUUAUCCAAAAUUUGUUAUGUGAUUAGUAGUAGUUAUUGAUCGGUUUUGUAAUCCGGCUCAGAAGAUUAUUAUUCUUUGUUGUUUUGUGUUUUUGCGAUAUUGUAAUUCAGGGUAAUCUUUGUAUAUGACGCGGAAUAUUUUUUGUUGACGAAAUUCAUAGGUGUUAACUAUAAAGUUUAGCGCGUUAAUAAAAUGACAAAUUAUUUUCUCAACAA